ACACAUGAAUGCGCCCCUCCGCGCGCGGCCGUGAUAAAGGAACGCGCAGCGGCGCUCGUGACGUCAGUCAGGCGCGUGCGAUUAUUUUGAACGGGGGGUCAAGAUGGCGGAGGAGAGCGGCGUAAAGCACCGGAAUCGCACCGGACAGAGCUGCACAGAGAGCCCACAUAACGACGGGGUUUGUGGGGCGGAGCUGACCUCUGACCCCCGGCUGGACGUGUCUGGAGCGCUGCAGAUCGUCCUCUCUGACGAGGAGCAGCACCGGUUCUCUCUGGACGACGAGGCGCUGGAGAGGAUGCUGCUGCAGGAGCGAGUGAAGGAUCUCCACGCCGUGGUGCUGUCUGUAGCUGGAGCCUUCCGCAAGGGCAAGUCCUUCCUGCUGGACUUCCUGCUCAGAUACAUGUACAGCCAGGGGUCAGACGCGUGGCUGGGGGGGGACGACGAGCCGCUGACCGGCUUCACCUGGAGGGGCGGCUGUGAGCGAGAGACCACCGGCAUCCAGGCCUGGAGCCACGUGUUUGUGGUGGAGAAACCAGACGGCAGCAAGGUGGCCGUGCUGCUCCUGGACACACAGGGAGUGUUUGACAGUCAGUCCACCAUCAGAGACUGUGCCACACUGUUUGCUCUGAGCACCAUGAUCAGCUCUGUACAGGUCUAUAACCUGUCCCAAAACGUUCAAGAAGACGAUCUGCAGCAUCUUCAGCUCUUCACAGAGUACGGUCGACUGGCCAUGGAGGAGAUCUACCUCAAACCCUUCCAGUCGCUGAUGUUUCUCAUUCGAGACUGGAGUUACCCGUACGAACACGCUUUCGGUCUGGAAGGAGGAAAUGAGUUCCUGGAGAAGAGGCUGCAGGUCAAACAGAAUCAACAUGAAGAGCUGCAGAACGUCAGGAAGCACAUCAACUCCUGCUUCUCCAAGAUCAGCUGCUUCCUGCUGCCUCACCCCGGCCUCAAGGUGGCCAUCAACCCACACUUCGACGGCCGCUUACAGGACAUCGAUGAUGAGUUCAAGAGGGAGCUGGUGAAUCUGGUGCCGCUGCUCCUGGCUCCUGAGAAUCUGGUGGAGAAGGAGAUCAGCGGCUCUAAAGUCACGUGUGGAGAUCUGCUGCAGUAUUUCAGAGCCUACAUGAAGAUCUAUCAGGGUGAAGAACUGCCGCAUCCCAAGUCCAUGUUACAGGCGACGGCUGAAGCUAAUAACCUGGCCGCUGUAUCAGGAGCUAAAGACUUGUACACCAGGAGCAUGGAGCAGGUGUGCGGUGGAGACAGACCCUACAUGUCUCCGGUGGAUCUGGAGCGCAGUCACGAGGAGCUGAAGCAGAGCUGCGUGCGUCAGUUCUGCGGUGUGAAGAAGAUGGGAGGUGAGGAGUUGUGCGGCCGCUAUCAGGAGCAGCUGGAGCAGGAGAUCGACGAGGCCUACGCCAGCUUCCUCAAACACAACCACGGGAAGAACAUUUUCUUUGCUGUGCGCACGCCGGCCACGCUGUUUGCUGUGAUGGUGGUGAUGUACGUGUCGUCGAUGCUGACGGGCUUCCUGGGCGUGAGCUCUGUGGCGGUGCUGUGUAACCUGCUGAUGGGUCUGGCGCUGAUCUCGCUCUGCGUCUGGACCUACGUCAAAUACUCCGGAGAGUUCAGAGAGCUGGGCUGCUUCAUCGACCGGCUGGCACUGACCCUGUGGGAGCAGAGGACGCCGAGGAAGGUCUUUUCCAAACUGUUCGAGGUCGCGCGGAGCAAAAUGUCACAGACGCAGAGACAGAGACGGUCCUCAAACAACAACAUCAAGAAGAGGAACUAGCCGAGACGCUCAGGGUCAGGACGCUGCGUGAACGCUGAGGAUUCUGGGGGAUCUUUCACCAGGUGUCCUCUAUCUCAUGUCAUUUCCUCUGUCCGUCUCAUCUGUGUUCAUGGAGAAGCGUUCGGACUCUGACGUCUCUGUCCUCCGCCGGACGCUCCGAGCGUGCGCCAUGUGACUCUGAGCAGGUCACGAUCCACUACAGGACCUAGUUGAGAACACUAAACUGUACCAAUGAUUCCAGCGUCUCUCUGCUGUACAGAUGAACUUCCUGUGCUUCAUCAUUCCAUCCGUCCGGACUGUGUUUCCUGUACAGACCAGGGUUUUUAAGCUGCUCGCUGUCACAAUCACACACACACACACACACACGUUUUGUUUUCUACCAUCUUCUGCCUUGGGCUUCAUCAUUCCGGAAUGUUUCAUUCAUUUUUCUAUUUCUUUAAUUUAUUUUUCAAUUUGAUUAAAGUGAAUCACUGUA